ACAAAAGCUAACUGCGCGUUUGUGAAGCUAGUGAUGCAUAGUAUAUAUAUAUUUUUUUCUCGGCAUCCACUUUGAGAACUACUUUUUUUUUCAUUUUCAUAGAAACAGAAUUGAAGUAGUAUAACAUGCCACCAUGAACAGUACAGUGAUGUACAUGAAUAAAUGCAUGCUAUUCAAUAUAAUGUAUAAUAUAACGGUGUGUGGUGUCAACAUAUAAUAAGGACGCAGCGUAGGUAUAAUAGUGAGUACCGCGAAGAAAGAUAAGAGCCAGAGCCAUGAGAAGCUGUGUGCUUUACACGCUAUUAUUGUUUGUUUUCUGCAUAUGGGUUCCCAUGGCAACGUGCUCUUCGUUCAGUGACAUGGAUGCGUUACUAAAGCUGAAGGAGUCCAUGAAAGGAGACGAAGCCAAAGACGACGCACUCCAUGACUGGAAGUUUUCCACAUCGCAUUCUGCACACUGUUUCUUUUCAGGCGUAACAUGUGACCAAGACCUUCGAGUCGUUGCUAUCAACGUCUCCUUUGUUCCUCUCUUCGGUCACAUUCCGCCGGAGAUCGGAAACUUGGACAAGCUGGAAAAUCUCACAAUCGUGAACAACAAUCUAACCGGUGUACUCCCCAUGGAGCUUGCCGCCCUCACUUCCCUCAAGCACCUCAACAUAUCUCACAACCUCUUCACCGGCGAUUUCCCCGGCCAAGCCACUCUUCCGAUGACGGAACUUCAAGUCCUCGACGUCUACGACAACAACUUCACCGGACCGCUUCCGGAAGAAUUCGUGAAACUGGAGAAACUAAAAUACCUGAAACUCGACGGAAACUAUUUUACCGGCAGCAUACCGGAGAGUUACUCGGAGUUUAAGAGCUUGGAGUUUUUGAGCUUAAACACCAACAGCUUAUCGGGGAGGAUUCCGAAGAGUUUGUCCAAGUUGAAGACUCUGAGGAUUCUCAAACUCGGAUACAGCAACGCUUACGAAGGUGGAAUUCCUCCGGAGUUCGGCACCAUGGAAUCUCUGAGAUUCCUCGACCUCUCAAGCUGCAACCUCAGCGGCGAGAUUCCACCGAGUCUUGCAAAUCUGACAAACCUAGACACGUUGUUCUUGCAAAUGAACUUCCUCACCGGAAGCAUUCCGUCUGAACUCUCUUCUUUGGUGAGGCUCAUGGCACUGGAUCUCUCCUGCAACAGCCUCACCGGGGAGAUUCCAGAGAGCUUUUCUCAGCUGAGAAACCUCACUCUCAUGAACUUGUUCCGCAACAAUCUUCACGGCCCUAUUCCGUCCUUGCUGAGCGAGCUUCCCAAUCUGAAUACGCUGCAGCUCUGGGAGAAUAACUUCUCCUCUGAGCUCCCGCAGAACCUGGGGCAAAACGGGAGGCUGAAGUUCUUCGACGUCACGAAGAAUCACUUCAGCGGGUUGAUCCCUCGGGAUUUGUGCAAGAGUGGGAGGUUACAAAUCUUCAUUAUCACAGAUAACUUCUUUCAUGGCCCAAUCCCUAACGAGAUUGCUAACUGCAAGUCUCUAACCAAGAUCCGAGCCUCCAAUAACUACCUUAACGGCGCAGUUCCGUCGGGGAUUUUCAAGCUACCUUCCGUCACGAUAAUCGAGUUGGCCAAUAACCGUUUUAACGGAGAACUGCCUCCCGAAAUUUCCGGCGAUUCACUCGGGAUUCUCACUCUUUCCAACAACUUAUUCACUGGGAAAAUUCCCCCAGCGUUGAAGAACUUAAGGGCACUGCAGACUCUGUCACUUGACACGAACGAGUUCCUUGGAGAAAUCCCGGGGGAGGUUUUUGACCUACCAAUGCUGACUGUGGUCAACAUAAGCGGCAACAAUCUCACCGGACCAAUCCCAACGACGUUUACUCGCUGCGUUUCACUCGCCGCCGUUGAUCUCAGCCGGAACAUGCUAGUUGAGGAUAUUCCUAAGGGGAUUAAGAACCUCACGGUCUUGAGCUUUUUCAAUGUCUCGAGAAACCAUUUAACAGGGCCAGUCCCUGACGAGAUAAAAUUCAUGACGAGCCUCACCACGCUGGAUCUCUCCUACAACAAUUUCACAGGCAAGGUCCCCAACGAGGGUCAGUUUUUGGUCUUCAACGACAACUCGUUUGCAGGGAACCCUAACCUCUGUUCCAUUCACGGAUGCACUUUAAGCAUUGUGGGGGCAGCUGCCCCUAUCAACAUUUUAACAUUUGUAAAUAUAGUAUGUACAAUUAUAGUAAUUUAUAAAUUGCUUGUAUAAUUAGCAAUGUAAUGAAAAAUAUUUUAUAAUAUGAAUAUGAGUUUGUCUAGCUGAAAA